UUCCAGAAGGACCAAAACAAACAAAACAAAAACGAACAAAACGGUCCAAACCCCUAAACCCUCCAUUUCCUAUCCCCUCUGAAACACCACAAAAUAUCGGGAGACUGUAAUGAGUGGAAGCAUGGAGUGCAGAGGAGUCCUGGCUCUUAUAUCAUCACCAGCUUCAAAGGUAUGCAAAAGCACACCUCUUUCUUGCUCUUUACAUCAUUCUUCACCCUCUACUGCCACUACUGAACUUAACAGCAACAAUAAUGAUAGUAGUAGUGAUGCCCCACAAAAGUUUAGCUAUAGCAGAGCUUCACCAUCAGUCAGAUGGCCUCAACUUAAACUGAACGAAACUUACUACCCUUCCUCUCAAACCCAAUCAACUGAAAUGUCUAAAGAUGGAAACUUGAACCAUUCCUCACAUAACCAAUUGGCUGAAAUGUCUAAAGAUGGAAUCUUGGGUGUGGGCUCUCUUGAAUUGAAUGAUGAUGUUGAUGUUGAUGAUGAUGGGAAUGAAGAAGAAAAGUUGGGGUGGAGGCAAAGUAGGACUAGAGUUAAGAAAAUGAAUAAAUUAGCACUUAGGAAGGCUAAAGAUUGGAGGGAGAGGGUGAAAUAUUUUACUGACAGGAUAUUAGCAUUGAAACAAGACCAGUUUGUGGCUGAUGUUCUCGAUGAUAGGAAAGUGCAGAUGACACCAACUGAUUUUUGCUUUGUGGUUAAGUCUGUGGGCCAGGAAAGUUGGCACCGGGCAUUUGAGGUCUAUGAGUGGUUGAAUUUGCGCCAUUGGUAUUCCCCCAAUGCGCGGAUGCUAUCCACUAUUUUGGCUGUUUUGGGAAAGGCCAAUCAAGAGCCAUUGGCUGUGGAAGUAUUUACUAGGGCAGAACCUUCAGUUGAGAAUACUGUGCAAGUUUAUAAUGCCAUGAUGGGUGUAUAUGCACGGAGUGGUAAGUUUAAUAAGGUCCAAGAACUGUUUGAUUUGAUGCGUGAAAGAGGGUGUGAGCCAGACCUUGUUAGUUUCAAUACAUUGAUAAAUGCUCGAUUGAAAGCAGGUGAAAUGACGCCUAAUUUGGCUAUUGAGCUAUUAACUGAAGUGAGAAGAUCGGGUCUUCGACCAGAUAUAAUUACUUAUAAUACUCUUAUCAGUGCUUGUUCACGGGCAUCGAAUUUGGAGGAGGCUGUUAAUGUUUUUGAUGAUAUGGUGGCACAUCAUUGCGAACCUGAUCUGUGGACUUAUAAUGCCAUGAUUUCAGUUUAUGGAAGAUGCGGACUGUCUGGCAAAGCAGAGCAGCUUUUUAAUGACCUGGAGUCGAGAGGGUUUUUUCCAGAUGCCGUGAGUUAUAAUUCAUUGCUGUACGCUUUCGCAAGAGAAGGGAAUGUGGAGAAAGUGAAAGAUAUAUGUGAGGAAAUGGUGAAAAUAGGGUUUGGCAAAGAUGAGAUGACGUACAACACUAUGAUCCACAUGUAUGGUAAGCAAGGUCAGAAUGAUCUAGCAUUACAGCUUUACAGGGACAUGAAGUCAUCAGGCCGGAAUCCUGAUGUGAUUACAUAUACUGUUUUAAUUGAUUCGCUUGGGAAGACAAACAAAAUAGAGGAGGCUGCUGGUAUGAUGUCAGAGAUGUUGAACACAGGAGUUAAACCUACCUUAAGGACGUAUAGUGCUUUGAUUUGUGGGUAUGCCAAGGCCGGGAAACCAGUGGAGGCUGAAGAGACUUUUGAUUGCAUGCUCAGGUCUGGAACUAGACCUGACCAACUAGCAUACUCGGUUAUGCUGGACAUCCAUCUAAGAUUUAAUGAGCCGAAGAGGGCAAUGACUUUUUACAAGGAAAUGAUUCAUGAUGGUAUUAUGCCGGAACAUUCCCUUUAUGAGUUGAUGCUCCGAACUCUUGGGAAUGCAAACAAAGUGGAAGAUAUUGGAAGAGUUGUCAGAGAUAUGGAAGAAGUAUGUGGCAUGAACCCGCAAGCUAUUUCUUAUAUUCUCGUCAAGGGUGAUUGCUAUGAUGAAGCUGCAAAAAUGCUGCGACGGGCAAUCAGUGAUCGCUAUGAAAUCGACCGUGAGAAUUUGUUGUCUAUUUUGAGUUCAUAUAGUUCAUCUGGGAGGCACUCUGUGGCACUUGACUUGCUUGAAUUAUUGAAAGAACAUACUCCCAGGUCCAGUCAAAUGAUUACUGAAGCUUUGGUUGUUAUGCUUUGCAAGGCUCAGCAGUUAGAUACUGCUUUAAAGGAAUACAGUAAUAGUAGAGAACUUGGUUUUACUGGGAGUUUUACCAUGUUUGAAGCUUUGAUUCAAUGCUGUUUAGAAAAUGAACUUUUUACUGAAGCUUCUCAGGUUUUUUCUGACAUGAGGUUCUGCGGUAUCAAAGCAUCUGAAUGUCUGUACCAAAGCAUGAUGCUUUUGUAUUGUAAAAUGGGGUUCCCGGAAACAGCCCAUCAUCUAAUUGAUCUCACAGAAACAGAUGGCACAGUUUUGAAUAAUAUAUCUGUUUAUGUCGAUGUGAUCGAGGCAUAUGGAAGAUUGAAGCUAUGGCAGAAAGCAGAGAGUGUAGCCGGGAAUAUGAGACAAAGUUGCAUUACUGUGAACCGUAAAGUCUGGAAUGCUUUAAUAGAAGCUUAUGCUGCAAGUGGCUGUUAUGAGCGAGCCAGGGCUGUUUUUAAUACGAUGAUGAAAGAUGGCCCUUCUCCAACUGUAGAUUCCAUUAAUGGUCUCUUGCAAGCUCUGAUUGUUGAUGGAAGAUUGGAAGAACUUUAUGUGGUAGUCCAGGAGUUGCAAGAUAUAGGUUUUAAAAUAAGCAAAAGUUCUAUUCUUUUGAUGCUUGAUGCAUUUGCAAGGGCUGGGAACAUAUUUGAAGUGAAGAAAAUAUACCAUGGAAUGAAGGCUGCAGGUUAUUUUCCCAGCAUGCAUCUUUACAGGGUAAUGGCUCAGCUGUUAUGCAGGGGAAAACAGGUAAGGGAUGUUGAAGCCAUGCUUUCUGAGAUGGAAGAAGCAGGAUUCAAGCCUGAUCUUUCUAUAUGGAAUUCUGUGCUCAAGAUGUAUGUAGCAAUUGAUGAUUUUAGAAAGACAACUCAAAUUUACCAGAGGAUCAAGGAAGAUGGGCUGGAGCCAGAUGAAGACACUUACAAUAUAUUAAUUGUGAUGUACUGCCGAGAUCGUAGACCAAAGGAAGGUUUGGUACUGAUGGAUGAAAUGAGAACGGUGGGAUUGGAGCCUAAAUUGGAUACCUACAAAAGCUUAGUUGCAUCAUUUGGCAAGCAGCAGUUGGUGGAGCAAGCAGAGGAACUUUUUGAGGAGUUACAGUCAACAGGAUGUAAAUUAGAUCGCUCUUUUUAUCAUAUAAUGAUGAAAAUAUAUAGAAAUUCUGGAAGUCAUUCUAAAGCUCAAAGGCUAUUUAGCAUGAUGAAAGAUGCAGGAGUGGAACCCACUAUUGCCACAAUGCAUUUGCUUAUGGUUUCCUAUGGCAGCUCUGGGCAGCCUCAGGAGGCUGAAAAGGUGCUCUCUAAUUUGAAAGAAACAGAUGCAAAUCUCAGUACGCUACCAUAUAGUUCUGUUAUUGAUGCUUAUCUCAGAAAUGGAGAUUACAAUGCUGGAAUUCAGAAACUGAAACAAGUGAAGGAAGAGGGCCUGGAACCAGAUCACAGAAUAUGGACAUGCUUUAUUAGGGCUGCAAGUUUGUCCCAGCACACGAGUGAGGCCAUUCUCCUCUUAAAUGCUCUCCGAUAUACUGGAUUUGAUCUUCCAAUCAGGCUUCUAACAGAAAAACCUGAACCAUUAGUUUCAGCACUGGACCAGUGCCUUGAGAUGCUAGAAACCUUGGGAGACAAUGCAGCCUUUAACUUUGUCAAUGCAUUAGAGGAUUUGUUGUGGGCAUUUGAACUUCGAGCCACUGCUUCAUGGGUUUUUCUGUUGGCCAUCAAGAGGAAAAUAUAUCGCCAUGAUGUAUUCAGGGUUGCUGACAAGGACUGGGGAGCUGAUUUUAGAAAGUUGUCAGGCGGUGCAGCUCUUGUUGGUCUUACUUUAUGGCUUGACCACAUGCAGGAUGCAUCCUUGCAGGGAUGUCCAGAAUCUCCAAAAUCAGUUGCUCUGAUAACAGGGACAGCUGAAUACAACAUGGUGUCCCUUGACAGCACAUUGAAAGCAUGCCUUUGGGAGAUGGGUUCCCCGUUUCUUCCUUGUAAAACUCGGAGUGGGCUCCUCAUAGCCAAGGCCCACUCCCUCAAAAUGUGGUUGAAGGACUCUCCUUUCUGCCUGGACCUUGAGUUAAAAAAUGCGCCAUCUCUCCCAGAAUCAAACUCAAUGCAACUAAUAGAAGGAUGCUUCAUAAGGCGUGGUCUUGUUCCUGCAUUUAAGGAGAUAAAUGAGAAGCUUGGAUUUGUGAGACCGAAGAAAUUUGCGAAGUUUGCUUUACUAUCAGAUGACAGAAGAGAAAAAGCCAUUCAAGUGUUUAUAGAGGGUGGGAAGGAAAAGAAGGAAAAGAUGAAGAAGAGGGGCGCAGGAAAAGGAAAGUCAAGGUCAUGCUCAGAAAGAUAAAAUUUACUCGGCAAGCCAUGCUGUCAAACAGGGGGAGAUUAGAUUAGACCAUAAAAAAUGGAAUAGAAUCACCAUAUGGAAAGAUGUUUUGGUUGUGUUGGAAUUUAAUAAGCUAUGCACCUUUCAGAAUUCUUGUGCUUUCAAGUCAAGAUGAAGUAAUAUCGUGGUGUAUUAUACUUAUUGGAUGAUUCCAUAAAUUAGCAAGAAAAUCUGCAGGAGUUCCAACUCACAAGACACUGAUAGAUAUAUCCUGCAUCAUUCCUGGCUUAUGAGCUCACAUGUGGGUAUCUCAUUCUGUACAACUCAUCACAAAACAGUAACACCUAAUCAAAGGACAGUUUUGCAUCUUUUCAUUGACCAAAGACGGGUGUUUCAAAGGCUGUCAUUACAUCUUAAUUGCAAACAAUAUGGUUUAUGGGCUAUUUCUGAUGCUCAACCUCAUUUUGGCAAAGAUCUCCAUUGAAGAGGGAUAUCAAACAAGGCUGGCAUUUUUCUAAGAGGAUACUAACAAGUUGAGCUGUAGCUCCAGUUCCUCCCAGUUUUACAUGGAGAGUAAUCCUUCUGUUCUCAAUCUAUCAUAUUAAGAUGUUUUUAAAUCUGUGACCGUACACUGUUUUUGCCUCAUAAUGCUGAGAUAAUUGUUAAUUUACGAGGAUAAAUAUGUUGCAUCAGAAUCAUUUCUUUUCCCUCUGAAUGAGUUUUAAAUGUUUCUUCUUAACUAAUUCUAAAUUAUUGUUAGUGGUCAUGGAGCGAUCCAUCUGAUUUGUGGCUUGUAUACCUGUUGUGCAGGUAUGCAAUCACUAGAUGAUCAGCAUGAAUGAUGUUAACAGUUCUGGAGUGGCUCUCCUGUUGAUCAUACCAGACCAUGUGGGCAGAAUAGUCUUGUUACGUGGAUGAGUUCUCUGUCCUGGUUGUUGCAAUAUUAUCAUAUCUCUUCUGUUUAGCGUUUUUUUUAAAUGAUUGAGGAGAUCAACAUAAAUUUUAUUUUGCCAGCUACCCUAAGACUGAGAGAAGACAUAGUUAAAUUAUGUGUAGAUCCCAAGCUGAAGGGAGAAUAUCCACCUCAAGUUGACAAGGUAUGGUGUGUUUUAUUUUUUUUUAUGGUGAUAUGUCGACAAUCUAAUAAGAACACUUAAUUACACACGGAGACACCCUGAGCAUAUGCUCGGGAGUUGGCAUAUGAAUGUUGGAAGCUUUGCAGUGUUAAAUGUGCAGUGCGAAGCUGAGUUCCAGUAAAAAAUGUGCGAUGUUGUAAGGCACUAAAAUCACUUCUGAAGGUAGCAUCUGCUGCUCUAGAGACCCAAAGCAAAGAACUUAGUUUCUUGCGUGGGAAUUGCUGCAACUUGUCAUUGCAUGCAGAUUUCCUGGUCACUCUAUAUAUUCUUUAAUUGUUCAUAUAAUGAGUUCGGACAUGUAGGUUUGGAUUGUACCAUAACCUAUUAGUGCCCCUGAUGCUUUAUUGACAUUUUUGCUUGCUAGUAGUUGCACCAGACUGCUGAUUUUUCGAAGUGAUUAAUUGACCAUGGAAUUGGUGGUGCAGUACAUAACUGGAUAUAUUGCUCUAGUUUUCUAAGGAUAGUUUUUUGCUCAUUAACAAGUGGUGUUUAUUAUUCACUAAAACUGUGUCAAAGGUAUUUUUAGGCACUUGGACUAGACCUAUUCAUGCGCAGCAGGAGGAUUGUUUUGAGCUGAAUCAAUUGCUUUCUGCAUUCUUUCCUCCUAGUGUUGACGGCAUGAGAGUGGUCUGAGCUGAAUGUAUUGUUUUUUACGGUGGACAAGAAGCUUAGCUGUUUUCUCCUUUUCUUUUUAACCGUGGGAAAAUACUAUGUGAGCUUUAUGAAUUUGUUAUAUGCGAAACUGCUUGUAAAUCACACAUACAGUUGAACUUUCAGAUAGAAACAGCCAAUAGUUGUUAGCUUUAUUGUGCAGCCUAUGGACAUAGAAUAUCGUCUAAGGCUGUCUUCAAACAAUUGUCUUUUACUGCCUUCUAAAACCUGAUGAAGCUGCAGAAAAACUUCAAAGAAUAGAGGGUUUUUGACAACUGACGAUGGACUGGUGAAUAGAGAGCCUGAACUGGAUGGGCCUGGGAUAUUUGCUGAACAAGUCCUCUGUGUGUGUUUGUAGGGGACCGCCCGGUAAGUAAAUUAAAGUAAUGGAGGAGAAGAUGAAAAAGAGGAUACAGAGAGUAGUUUUUCUGUGGUAAAGAAGAUGUUUUUGAUUUGUAAUUGUGGAGAUUGUGUGUUUUCAUGUCUGGCUGAUAAGGGAAUUUAUUUACCCUGUUCAUAGUAAA